GUUUCACUUUCUCCUCUCUUUUAUGAUUAAAUAAACAAACAUCAAAGACACCGCCGUCACCCAUUAAAGGAGAAAGAAAAAAAAGAAGAUGCCUCGGUUAAAAGCCUUUCUCAUAUCCCGGACAGGUUUUAUCCUAUUUCAGUCUCUGUUCAUCAUUUCUGAAAUCUUUAUAUUCUACCCUUGUAUGCUGGGGUCAUCAAAUAAUGUUCGCAAAGAAGGAUUUAUGCACGAACCCGUCCUUCGUAACAUCGAAACCAACGUGAUGGUUCAGAAGACGCAACCGAAACAGAACAACGAAAACUACCCGGGUGAAACGGUACACAUUCCACUUCAGUCUUCGGAAACUGGACGAGCUGGAAACGCGGAUACAAUAGAUACUAAAUCUAAAUUAUUAGACCGUAUGCUGCAAAAGAAACACUCGCCACAUGAUUUAGAAAACAGGGUACAAAGACCUGGUUUUCAGGUGAGUGGAAAGGCUAAAUCUCACCCUGGUAAAAUUUAUAACGCUGAUUGGGACUCUUUAGAUUCUCGUCCUCUUCCUAAAUGGUACGAUGAUGCGAAAAUUGGAAUAUUCAUUCAUUGGGGAGUCUAUUCUGUGCCUAGUUUCGUCGAGGUCGGCCAGGGUGGACUUGCCGAGUGGUUCUGGUACUACCUUGCUGAAAAUGGUCACGAUUCGACUCACAACAUUGCUAACUUCAGAAGUGUCCGAAGGUAUAUGGCUAAUAAUUAUGCACACGAUUUCCGAUACACCGAUUUUGCACCAAUGUUUAAGGCUGAGUUUUUCAAUCCUGCUGAAUGGGCGAAGCUUUUCGAAGAAUCCGGAGCUAAGUAUGUUGUUUUAACAUCAAAGCACCAUGAAGGCUAUACUCUAUGGGGUUCGAAACAUUCAUGGAAUUGGAAUUCAGAAGAUGUUGGUCCACAUCGAGAUCUCUUAGGUGAACUGGCAGUUGCUGUACGAGAAAAAGGGAUAAAGUUUGGUGUUUACCAUUCCUUGUAUGAAUGGUUCAAUCCUCAUUAUUUAGAAGAUAAAAGACAUAAGUUUAAAACUCAGAAUUAUGUAAAGGAAAAGUUAAUGCCUGAAUUAACAGAACUAGUGAAAGAAUAUAAACCAGACAUACUUUGGGGUGAUGGUGAUUGGGAGGCAACAAGUGAAUACUUCAAUACAACCAAAUUCAUGGCUUGGCUCUAUAAUGAAAGCCCAGUAAAGAACACAGUUGUGAUCAAUGAUAGAUGGGGAAAAGAUGCUCGAUGUCGACAUGGAGGCUUCAUGACAUGUGAUGAUCGCUAUAAUCCUGGUACCAUCCAGCCCCGCAAAUGGGAAAAUUGUAUGACAAUUGAUAAGGAGUCCUGGGGUUAUCGGCGAAAUGCUCAGGAACAAGACUAUUUUACAAUGGAAGAAUUAACAGAAACUUUAGCCAAAACUGUUAGUUGUGGAGGAAAUCUACUGAUGAACAUUGGACCCACAAGUGAUGGCCGCAUCAUUCCUCUCUACCAAGAAAGAUUAAAACAAUUUGGAGACUGGCUUAAAAUCAAUGGUGAAGCUAUUUAUGGUAGCAAACCAUGGAUUGCUCAACAAGAUAUUCUAAAUCCUCAAGUUUGGUAUACAUCGAAAUCAAAUGGAAAUGGUAAUCCUAUAGUUUAUGCAAUUGUUCUUGAACUACCCUAUUCUGGCUCUCUUGAGCUUGGAGUUCCAAAACCGUCUCAAGACACAUUAGUUACUUGGCUUGGAUAUCAAGAAGGAGAUAUUAAGUGGACAGUAUCCGGAAAUAAUAUAAUCAUUGAGAUACCAAAAGUCUAUCCUCACCAGUUACCCUGCCGAUGGGCUUGGGUUUUUAAAAUACAGAAUUUGAAAUAAACUGGGUUUAUUCUUUUCUCACAAAUUUAUUGGUUAAAAAUUAAAUAAAAUCAAUGAAAAGUGAGGUAAAACUAUGCACAGGGGACCCUUGAAAAAGUAUUUUGUUCAUUAUUGAUAUGAAGUUCGGGUUAUAGAUUUUUUUUGUUUUGUAUUAAGAAAAGAAACCUAAGAGUUAUAUUACUGUUUUAUUUAGGUUUAUUAAUUUAUGAUUCGUAUAUUAUUACUUCAUAAUAUGAAAUGAAAAAUAAACCCAGUUUUUUUUUAUUGGAAUUAAUUAAAAAUUUUUCUUUUAUUAUAAAUUAAUUGUUGAUCUUUAAGCAUACGCAUUUCAAUUCCUUUUAUACUGUCCUUUUUCUUUAAUUAUAUUUUUAAAAUAAUUUCAUUUAUUUGAAUCUCUUUAGUGAGAGAAAGCCAUUUUUAUGUCAAUAUGUGGGGGUUUUUUUUCUAUAAAUUAGGUACAUAUAUAAACUGAAACAUGCUUGUAUCUAUAAUACCUACCUAUAUACACACACAGAGACACCCACACAUGUUCACUUCUCAACCAUGUGGCUUUGGAUUCAGUCCCACUAUGUGACACCUUGAGGAAGUGUCUUCAACCAUAGCCCAAGGGAAACCAAUGCCUUAUGAGGAAAUUUGAUAGACAGAAACUGUAAGAAGCUUAUUUUAUGUGUGAGUGUAUGGAUGGUGUCAAACAGAGAUAUCAUCAUUUGUGGUUGCACUGUAAGUCAUGGAGUUUGUUGAUGUUUCCUUUCAACAAAAAUAUUGGUUAUCUCUGCCUUCAAAUUCCUCUGGAUUUCAAAAUCUCUUACUUGAAAAUCAGGUAACAGUCUUUUACAAGAAGUGC